AUGCCGGGGACAAUUCAAACUGUAGAAACUAUAGUAGUGACAAACAUCGUAAACUCAUUCCUAAAAUAUAGGGGGAUGACUAGAGUUGCUCGAAGCCUAAGCCCAAAUGAAACCCCACCUACAAUGGAUAAACAUAGAAUUUAUAGCGAUAUACGAGCUAACGGUUACGUGCGAAUAGAUGCACUCCAGAAUCAGCCACGGGGAAAACGGGACUGGGCAGUUUUUAUAGUACUUGGUGCGAAUAGCAGACACGCAAAAACGAUAACAGAGCUAAAGAAACUGUUGAAAAGUAUUCACAGCGAACCAGCAACGAAAGAUAAUAGGCUAGACGAAAUGAUAAUCAUUGCCCCCGAAGAUACCCUACGAAAAACACAUUACAGGAGUACUAUUCUCCAUUAUCAGUCCAUUAGUGCAAAAGAAACGGACUUGGAGGGGGGGACGUUUUAUAAUGCAUACACGUAUGAUCCUUUCAUAGUGGUAGUCCCUGAAAACUUAUAUGUUCCAAAGCACCGGAUCCUUUCAAAGGAAGAGACGGAAAAAGUAGUGAAACCAAUCAAGUUAGCUGACAAGAAUGUUUAUUCGUACCAAAUUGGACAGAUUGAGCUUAGAGACCCAGCAAUAGUUUGGCUAGGAGGGAGAGUAGGGGAAUAUGUCGCCAUUAAACGCAAUUCUUUCACGACGGGACAUGCCAUAGCGUAUAGGAAAAUAAUAAAGGGGGCGUUCGUUUAG